AUGGCAUCAACAAUCAUAAUCCAAGCUCUCAUAACUCUAGUAAGCUUCGCCAUCUACCACCAGCUAUUCCGCAGUUCAAAAAAGAAGAAUCUACCACCUGGACCAAAGGGAUUGUCCAUCAUCGGCAAUGUUCUCGAUCUACCUCCAAAAGGCACUCUCGACCACGUACACUGGAAAUCAGUGACGGACAAAUAUGGACCAAUUGCCUCUAUUACGAUCUUGGGGCGGCAUCUGAUUUUCAUUGCUGAUAAACAAGACGCACAUGAAAUUCUCGAAAAGAAGUGUUCCGCCUCGUCUGGGCGCCCUGCCUUUGAAUUUAGCAAAUAUUCAGGCUUUGGGGACAUUAUCCCUAUCCAUCAACAAACCAGAGAAUUCAAGCUUCAUCGGAAGCUUAUGCAUAAAGGUCUUGGGACCAAGCUCCUGGUGAGCAAGUAUGCGGAUAUUCUAGAACUGCACACCGGAUUGCUACUGCAGGAAACGCUAAAGGCACCCGAGCAGAUCCUUCGGCAUCUAGAAAUUCAAGCAAAUGCCGUCAUGCUCAAAAUCUUGUACGGCUAUACUACCAGCCCCCAUGGAGAUGAUCCUCUGGUAAAGUUGAGUGACCACGUGGUUGCCAACUUCUUCCGCACUUGCGAUGCCUUUGGAAGACUUGUCGAGUAUUUACCUGCGAUUAAGUGGCUUCCUGAUGGAUUUCCCGGUACAAACUUCAAGGCUGAGGCCAGGGAACACAACCGGAAUGCUCAAGUCUACGUUGAAGAGCCUUAUCAAUUCGCUCGGAGACAAAUGGCGAGCCGCAAGGACACAAAAUCAUUUGUCGCGAAGCUUGUCAAAGAGUAUGCUGCAGGCGCUGGGGAACCCAAUGAAGCUGAUGAGCAUGCCAUCAAGUGGUCAGCGGCAGGCUUACAAGUUGGCGGCUCGGAAACGACCGUCACAGUGACUAGGACCUUCAUUCUAGCUGCCAUCAUGUUCCCUGAAAUUCAGCGAAAGGCGCAGGAAGAAGUCGACCGAGUGACUGGCGGCACUCGCCUGCCUGUUCUUGCUGACCAGGAAGAGAUGCCCUUUGUCAGCGCCAUUUUCGCCGAAGCUCUUCGCUUCUUCCCAACAGCACCGUUGGGCUUCCCUCAUGCUUUCGAUCCCUUCAAGUUUGAUCCAGAGCGCUUUCACGAGCCGCGGAAUGAACCGAGCCCGUUUUGGUCCGUCUUUGGGUUUGGCCGCAGAAUAUGCCCCGGGCGACACCUUGCGGACGCGGCUUUGUUUCUCAAUAUUGCUUGUCUGGUGGCCUUUUUCGAUUUUAGCAAAGUUGUUGAUGAGCAGGGCAAUGUCAUGGAGCCAAAGGUUGAGCUUGACCCUGUGAGAAGUGCCGUUGCAAAGGUAGCGCCGUUUCCGUUCAAGGUUACGGUGCGGAGCGAGAAACAUGCAGAGUUUCUCAAGGACUUGGAAAAGAAUUAUCCAGCUGAAGAGGGAGAUGCGAGGUUAUUAGGCGAGCUGCCGCUGCAAUGA